GAUCUAGCAGCAACUCCUGUGGAUAGCUACAGCUAUGGCGUCAGUCUCCAAGUUUGUCCUGUUCGGCCUGGGCCUCAUCGGCUCAGUGGCGGCAUCUCGCCACUCAGCCCCAAAGGUGUCGGUCAAGAAUGGCACGUACUCUGGUAUCUACAGUGCCGAGUAUGACCAGGAAUUUUUCCUUGGCAUGCCCUAUGCCCAGAAACCUGACCGAUUUUCUCUGGCAAAGGGUCUAAACUCCAAGUGGAAGGGCGUUCACCAAGCCACCGAAUACCCGCCGCAUUGUUACGGUUAUGGCUCGGACCAGAUCGGAUACGAACAGUCAGAGGACUGCCUCUAUCUGAAUGUUGUCCGUCCAGCUGGCAUCAAGGACACAACAGGUCUUCCUGUUGCUGUCUGGAUCCACGGAGGUGGCCUAUUCAUGGGCGGUUCCGGUGACCACAGGUACAACCUUUCGUUCAUCGUCGACCGCAGCGUGGAGAUGGGCACGCCGAUGAUCGGUGUGAGCAUCAACUACCGGCUGUCUGCACUGGGAUUCCUAUGCGGUGAGGAAGCCCUGGACGCGGGUAUCACCAACAAUGGAUUCCGCGACCAGCGACUUGCUCUUCGCUGGGUCAACGAAAACAUUCGCAGCUUCGGCGGCUCCCCCAAGAAGGUGACGAUCUUUGGUGAAAGCUCUGGUGCUGAGAGUGUAUCGGCCCAGGUGUUUGCAUACAAUGGACGUGACGAUGGUCUCUUCCGCGGUGCCAUGGCCGAGUCUGGUUUCGGCGGCGCCAUUGGGAGGUUCCCCGGAGGAUUCAACGCCACAGAUUAUCAAGAGGCCACAUACAACGCCUUGGUAGGCAAUGUGACAUCCUGCGCUUCCUUGGUAGGCUCUGGCGAGGCCCUGGCAUGUCUCCGUACUGCCCCCUUUGAAGAGAUCAACUACGCCUUGAAUGUCAGCGGUGUCUCCCCGUGGCCUCCUGUUUUGGACAAGGACUUUAUUGCAGACUAUCCUACCAACCAGCUCGCCAAAGGACGCUUUCCCAAGAUCCCCCUACUUGUCGGCGCCAAUUCCGAUGAAGGCACUGCAUUUGGCACUGGCAAGGGACCCAAUGGAGGCGGUGUCAACACCGACGACGAAAUGAGAGAUGCGAUUGCCGCAGGCCUUCCUAAAGAUGUCAAGACGCAUACUGGAAAGUCAAUGGACGAGCUCGUCGAUGAGUUGAUGGAGCUGUAUCCCAAUGACCAGACCGUGGGCAUCCCGUCACUGAAGACUUGGCCAUACACCAUCGAGGCAAACGACUCGUAUGCCCAGUCUUUAGGCUUCCAGUACCGACGCACCGGUGCUCUGUUCGGUGACUUUUCUAUGCAAUACCAGAGACGUCGGUCCAACAUUGCGUGGGCGAAACACGGAGUCCCGAGCUACGUGUAUCGCUUCGAUGUGACGGUCAAUGGCGUUCCCGACUUCAUUGGCGCAACACAUUUCCAGGAGGUUGCUUUUGUCUUCCGCAACAUCAACGGAGACGGAUAUGCCACCAACCCAUUCGGCGGCACCGAACCAUACCCUGCAAAGGCCAAGGCCCUCUCCAAGGUCAUAUCCACUGCAUGGAUCAACUUUGUGACUGGUCUGGAUCCCAACGGCAAGGGCGGACAUCGCUUCUCGAAAAAGGCACAGUGGCCGGUUUAUGAAGUGUCGUCGGGCUCAGGAAAGGGCGUCGUCUUUGACCUCGACGGCAGCACGGUUGAGACGGACGAUUGGCGCGCUGGCGGCAUGGCUUGGUUCGCCGAGCACUCGUUGGAUGUGUAUGGAAACUGAGCUGUGAAGUACAUUGUAUAUAUACUAGGAGAGAUCCUCUAGCUUGACACCAACACACGAUUUAUGUUU